CAGCAGCCCAUCUUUGUGUAUGAAUGGUUCCAUGAGGCGGCCGUCUCCAAGUCCCGGCACGCCAGUCUCGGGCGGUGUGGGGCGGCCGGCCUCCCUUAUGGAUCAUGCUCAAAGCCAACAGCACGUGGUGCGCGUCGUAGUGAAUAGGGAUGAGAAAGGGUACGGGAUGAAAGUAUCCGGCGACAACCCCGUCUAUGUACAGAGUGUAAAAGAAGGUGGUGCAGCAGAGAAAGCUGGUCUUCACGCCGGGGAUAAAAUCGUCAAAGUCAAUGGGGUUAAUGUAAUGCAGUCGACGCACACCCAGGUUGUUGCCCUCAUUAAGUCUUCCUCCCAAGUGGUAUUAACUGUGCAGCAAAGAUCCAAUAUUCAAAGGAAUAUGGGAUCUCCAGGUCAUGUUCGACCGGUUACUACUCCUACGUCUUCGCGAAUAACAGGACCUCAACCUGUUGAUAACGAAAAACAGUAUCAACUGCAGCUAGAAAAAGAGCAGUACUAUAAGUUAAUGAUAGAAAAAGAGCAGCACUACAUAGACCUUCUACGCAGCCAAAUAGCUUCUUCUACUUCUCCGGACGAAAAGAAGUGCCAGGAAUUACUUAAGACGGAGAAAAAUCUCCAUACAUUGCGGGCGAUGUUACAACGGAAUCAAAGUGAGCAACACUCUCCGUCCACAGAGUCCUCUUCUUCCCCCAAAAAGUACACACCCACCUCCCCAAACGGAAAUUCCGACAUACCACCCCCGCUCCCGAAAAGAAAUAACCCUAACAUACGCCAAAGGGCCUCUACAGAUCCUAACAAACGUUCUUUGCCAUACAUUAACGGCAAAGUGCCUUUGGACGUUAACUUCAUCAAUAACGAAAUUAACGCUAACACGCCUAAGAGUCCCCAGAGGAAAACUAAACCACCAGUAGGUCCUUUGGUGCUCAGUUCUUCUGAAAAACCUCCUCCUUUGCCUCCCAGAUCCUCGCAUUCCGCUCCUGUUCCCUUGGAGGACGCGGUCAACUCGAUAAAUAAACAAAUGUCGUAUCCGUUAGUGGCUACAUGUGCUACAUUAGUUAAUGAUUCCCCAACUCACCACAGAACAAAAUCGAGUCCCGAAACUUUAUCGGGUCUCACAACAAACGAUGGUCAUCUAAAAACUUCCGAAAGUCUAAACGAUUUGAAUCGACAAGAAGAUUGGGAAACUCCGCCGGGUACACCGCCACCACCUUAUCCUAGUCCACAGGCAACAAGAAGAGAAGUUAUUGGUGGAAACGAUGACCACCAUUUCGAUGAGAGCUUUACGGACUCUCCCGAUACUUCAUUUCGAAGUAAUGGUUCUAGAGUUUUGGCCAACAGUUCUCCCAUUCAUGCAGCUACUCCACAAACUUCACAACAACCCAUCAUGAGUAUGGAGGAUGAUGAAAUCUCAGAUCAAGAAAUCAGCCAAUUGGAAGACCAUGGACAUUUCAAGUCAUUGUCCAGACUUUGGGAACAUUUGCCACAUCUUGCAGUAUUUAUGAACUAUAUACUGUCAAAUUCUGAUCCUAACGGCCUAAUGUUUUACCUUCUGACUGACCUUUAUAAAGAAGGUAACGCCAAAGAGAUGAGGAAGUGGGCCUUCGAAAUUCAUUCCUGUUUUCUGGUGCCUGGAGCGCCUCUCAGAUUGGGCAAUGUAGACGAAAAUAUCGCACGCGAAAUCGACGAAGUGCUUACGAGGGAAUUCGACAAAGAAGAAAUUCUUCGGAAAAUCUUCUGGAAAGCACGAUCUCGAGCCAAAGAGGAAUUAACCAAACAAUUAGCUGACUUUCAACAAAAAAGAACCGCAGGUUUAGGUACCAUCUACGGUCCCACCGACCAAGCCCUCGCUGAAGUUUACUACGAUAAAACGAAGGAAAUUAAAUUGUACGAAAAUUUAUUUUUGGAAAAGCUGGAUCCCUAUUUGGAAGAGAUCGAGAAAGAUUGUUAUGAUACCAGGAGGUAUUAUAUGGCUGCUGCCCUAACGACUGUGCUUAGUAGAAUAUUUCAAAUACGUCCACCGGCUGCCCAUGCCUUAGAUAGGUGCCCUACUUUUGUUAAUAAAGAAAAGUCGUUUAGGACGAAGUUUAUUGGAAAAUAUUCUAGAAAGCUAAAUAUUAUGGGCCAUCAAUUUGUAGCGCAACAAUACUAUACUGUGAUAUUUUGUAGCAACUGCCAACAAAUAUUAUAUGGAAUUGGACCACAAGGAUACCAGUGCUCAGCUUGCCUUAUAAACCUACAUAGGCAUUGCGUUCGACAGUUUGAAGAUAGUUGUCCUGGUCCAAUAACUAAGAAAGAUAGAAGCAUAAUGAAGUUAAUAGGAAUGCGACACGAUACUAAUGAACAUACUAGGAUGAAGAAGAAUUCCCAGUUUCUCCAAAUGGAAAGGGAGCGAAGACAAGCUGAAGAAAAUAACAGUAGCUUUGAUCUCAACGAAGGAGAAGUAAAACAAUCGCACCCCGUAUCUCGGAGUGGGUCUGACAGGCGACCGGAUGCGGUACGUGAAGAGGGCAUAAAACAACAAGAGUCCUCGAAAACUGAGUCCUCCCACGAUGUGCCCAACGAUAGAAUGGAGGCCGCCAACAUGGUCAGCAGUACCAUCCUUCCAGCUUCGGGAAACCAUAGGAAACACAAUAGCAAUAUUAAUAGGUCAGAAAGUGUAAAGGAACAAUCAGAAAAGAGGAAACAAAGACGGAACAUCAGUGAUCCCUCGCACAACACUACCACCACGGUUGCAAGUUCUAUUUUUUAUAGUGGCGAUGUUGAUUUGGAAAGAUCCACAGCUUUAUCCCACACAGAAUCAGGGAGUUCCUCCAAUUCCAGUAUAUCCUGCAAUGGCCGCCUCUCAGAGAGUCCAAGUAACAGCGUGGAUGCUGUCACUCAGGAUUCCGCCAGACGAGGAACUUUGGAUUCGGACAGUGAUAUUGACGCCGAAUCCGAACAAUGGCAAAAUGUAGGAUAUCAAGAAGAAUUGAAAAACCUUCCUCCACAUGAGAAAAAAAGACAUGAUGUGAUAAAUGAACUCUUCCAUACCGAAAGCUCGCACGUAAGAAACCUGAAGGUCCUUUACAAGAUCUUUUACAAAAAAAUCCAAGAGAGCCAUACCCUAAAACCAGACGAGCUAAAUCUAAUAUUUCCAAACAUUAAAGAAAUUCUCGAUAUCCACACAGAUUUUAAUAAGGAAAUGAGAAAAAGGAGAAGGGAAGACACCAUAGUAAAAGAAGUAGGAAGCCUAUUAGCAAACAUGUUCGGUGAACGAUAUGGAGAGUCGUUAAAGAAGGCCGCGGCAACUUUCUGUGAGAGGCAACAGAUGGCGCUAGAAUUUAUUAAGAAGAGACGGGAGCGGGAUUCCAAGUUCGAUGCUGUGCUUACGGAAUGUGAAAAGAAGAGGCAGUGCAGGCGGUUACCUUUCCAAGGAAUUCUGCCUACAGAAAUGCAGAGGCUUACCAAAUACCCCCUUCUUAUCGAAAGGCUGAUGCAUAGCGUGGAAUCAAAUAAAGACAACGAUCAAGCGCUUAGUCAACUCGAGGAGCUAGCGAUGUUGAAAAAGGCUCAUCAGAUGUCCAAAGAGAUCUUGAACCAGGUCAACGAAGCAGCCAAACUAGCACAUAACAAACACAGGCUGGAAGAAAUACAGAAACAUUUGGAUACCAGCGGAUUCGAGAGAUCUGAGCAACCUAUAGCACAAGAAUUUAGAACUUUAGAUUUAACGAAAUUUAGAUUAAUUUUAGAAGGAAGUAUGCAGCUAAGGCGGCCUAACAAACCAAUAGUACCAGUUCAUAUAUUACUUCUAGAGGAAGCGGUUAUGAUCCUCCACAGGGAUAGUGACAGGUUUCUCCUGAAAUUCUUCCAGUCCGGUUCGCAGGCACAACCCCAACCCCUUUCGCCAAUUAUUAAGAUGAAUAUGCUUUUAACUAGGGCCAAUGCUGUGUGUAAGAACGCGCUUUUUCUUGUUAACUAUUCAGCCAACAAUAGCCAAAUGUAUGAUUUAGUAGUAGAAGAUGAAAUCAAAAGAGAAAUGUGGUUUAAACAUUUCACCGACGCAACAGAAUCCUACAACAAACGCCAAGGAAAAUCCCUGGACCGCCAAGAUCCUGCUUCUGAUUCAGAAACUGAAAGUGUUCAGGAUAUACCACCAGUGGAGGACGUCUCCGAGCGAGCUGAGACCGUCGGAGGUGAGGAAAGCUCAUCGGAACCGGUCAGCGACGUACCCAGUGCCGAAACGCAGGAGAAAGAACCCGAAGUCGCUGAAGGAGAGAGUAAAGACGACAACGUCGAUGCGUCUUGUUCUUCACCAGAAAUGGUUGCUGGUGGUGGUAUACAAUCGACAAAAGUUAGCGCAGAAGAAUGGCCUUUAAUUCAACCGUCGCAAGUCAGCGUGGCAGUGCCGCCCGUUCACGUCGCCGAGUCCAUGCUCACACCGCUAGAACAAAUUCGCCGCAAAGAUGCUAUGGUAAAACAAGCAUUGGAGGACAAAGAAGGCCUAGUAGCGGACAUGUUGAGCAUACCUCGCGAACACUUCGAACAUAUCGCUGAUAUGGCAUCAAUGGACCCCUCCAAUGGCCGAGAUCCAUCGGAGAGGGUCCUCGCAUCAAUUUUCCAAGUCAAUCUGUUACAGAAGGCUGUGAACGAUUCGCUGAACAUAACGGAAUUGGACGCCAUGGCUGCAAAAGGCGGAAAACACCAGACUUGUGCCAGUCAACAGGAAGUCAUUGUAGAAACAGUGACUGCUCCCACCGUGCCCACUAGUUUAGUUAGGGAAAUAGCCAGCUCUCUUAAUUCGCAGCUUACAACCCUUUUGAGCGAAGUAAAACAAAUCGAAGAGGAGAGAGAUAGGCUAAGAAAGGAGUUGCACAGAGUUAGGGAACAGUUACACGAAGAACACAACCUUCAUAGUCCUUUACCAGUUGACGAUGACAAUAUCACAGAUUGUGCCUCGGAGCAAAGUACUUUUAAUGACAGUUUACAGAUUGUAUCAAAGAGUGACUGCGAGGAGGAAGAACAGUGA